AGCAGAUCAUGUAGCCUGGACCUGUGCCUAUUCAUGUCAUAAAGGCUACCACAAGUUAUCGCACAAGUUUUACGUAUGGUCGAGUAACGACUUCUCAAACGGAUCAAGAUGCAUAUAAUGUCAAUUGGCAUGAUAGCGGCGGAGAGAUGUGGCCGAUCUCAAUUGCCGUGCUCUUUCGUCACAAUAGACCCACCCCACAUUCUGAAGGGUAGAUACCGAUUCGUCUGGCAAAGAAGUUACAAAAGGUAUUGACUUGGUCCCCUGUCUGUUCGUCAUUCGAGGAACCUGGAUCUCGUAUCUCGCAUCCUGGAACCGAGCACCAACUUCAGCCUGGUUACCAACCCAACCGAGCGGCCCAACAUAGAUAUAGGGAAAUGCACCGGCUUCAGAGUCUCCAGCAACACAUCGAUCCCAGACAAUCAUCAGAGUCGAGUACAGACAUUUACAGGACCUCGAAAAUGCCUUUGAAAUACAACAAAGUACUUGUAAUUGGUGCGACUUCGGGCAUCGGCCUUGCCUAUGCGGAGCGAGUCAUCUCAGACGGGAAGAAGGCCAUUGUAGUUGGCCGCAGGCAAGACAGGCUCGAAGCAUUCGUUGCGGAGCACGGGGAAGACAAAGCAGAAGCCAUAACGUUCGAUAUCACAAAGCUCGAUCAAAUUCAGAAGUUCGCUGACGACAUCGCGGCGAGACAUCCCGACUUGGACAGCAUCAUCCUCAACUCAGGCAUUCAGCGAGGAUUCGACUUCACAAAACCCGAGACAAUCGACCCGUCAGUCCUCGCACUCGAAAUGAACACCAACUAUAUAUCUCUUGUCUACCUCACCCAUGCAUUUCUUCCGCAUCUGCAGAGGCAGAACAAUGAGACUAGCUUGAUUUACACCUCAUCGGGGCUAGCACUCGUACCGAUGGUGGUGAAACGCCUCAACUACAGUGCAAGCAAGGCUGCACUGCAUCAUUUCAUUCUAGCUUUGCGCGAGCAAUUGAAGGAUGGGCCAGGCAAUAUAAAAGUGAUCGAGAUCUUCCCUCCAGCGGUUCAGACGGAGCUACACGAUGAGAAACAUCAGCCAGAUAUAAAAGAUGGUCGCUCCAUGGGUAUGCCUUUGAAGGAAUUUACCGACGAGUCCUGGUCGAGGCUCGUGAAAGGCGAAGAACAGAUUGCUGUUGGAUUUGUAGAGACCGCGUUCGAUGCUUUCGAGAAGACUCGCCAGGGCAUGUUCCAUCAGAUGCUGGCGCGGAUCAAGGAGAAUGAGCAGAAAGGGCCCAAGUCCGGGUCUUGAACUUGUGCAGUAGUGAAGUUAUUGGACAAUAUCUAUUGAGCGCUUCUACAUACCUAAAUGCCUCCUGGCUACUAAGUAGUAAAGUGGACCUCGUCAGAAGCAUGUGAAGAUGAAUUGAAGACGCUUCGAGCCAACCGACGUUUCUUUUCUUAUCGCAUGAAUGAGAUGAAGUUAGUGAUUAAUGAGAGAUGCUAAUCAUGAG